GACAACUAAAGUCCUUUCCUGUCCAACCAUCAAAUGUCUCACAUUCCCCUCAACCGCCAAAUUCAAACACAACAACAACUUGUAGAGAUUUCGCUGUUGUUUUUCUCUUCUUUUCGAAAAAAAUUAAAUUUUUCAUCAAAAAUGGCUGCGGCACUUGUGGGAGGCGUUACUUUCGAAGCUUAUUCAAGUUUAAUAAACUAUUGGUUGGGUCCCUUCCCUCGUCCUUUUAUGCGUCCUGGACUCUUUAAAUCUCUUAAAGAUUUUCUUGUGGAUGUGGAGAUGAAGAUAGAGGAAAAGAAUGCGAUUCGGGCGAUUUUCCAAUCCGCAGUAAAGGACAGAGCCGUCCAUGAUCCUCUCCCUUUUGCAAAAGUAAAGGAUUUUCCUGACGAGGUUUAUAAAUUAAUUGUUGAAUGGAUGAAACGACAAGAGAAGGAAGGGAGGGCUGGAUUUUUUCGCCAGAUGUUUUUGGACCUUCGGGUGACGGAGAAGGAGAUGGAGGCGUUCCGCAAUCGGAUCACCCAAGCCGACCAGAAAUUGCGACCAUUGGUCAAGGUCCUCAAACAAGGGGGCCGAAAUCUCCGGAAGGGUCUGUUGACCACGGCACAGGCAGUGCAAUUCAUCGGAAAAUUGCCAGACUGGUCAAAGGACAAACCUUUUUUUAAAUUUGCAUUGAAAUACAUGCAGGAUCAUAAUCUCUCAGAGAUGGACACGGACCUGCUUCGAACAAGUUUUGAAGAGCUUCAGACCCUUCCUGAUCCACUUCUCCCAUAGCCUGUCUGUUUGUUUCUUUACAGAGAUUCAUAACCCCAAAUUAUAAAUACAUAAUACAAUGAAUUAGAUCUCCAAUCGGCCUUUGUAAUGGAAUAAAGCAUUAACACACGGAUA